UUGUGGAGCGUGACCGGAGGAGGUGGGAGCUGAGGACCCGCGCCUUCUCCUUGCUUCUUGGGGUCGUGGCCUUGCUCUCGCCGUGCGAGGCAAGCGUCCGGGUACGUCCACGCGCGUGUGUGCGCGUGGGGCCUGAAGUGCUCGGGGGUCCGCGCUAGGGCUCUGCAGGGACAGAAGCAGCCAUGGGCGGAGCCUCCAGCACACGCCGGGUCACCUUCGAGGCGGACGAGAAUGAGAACAUCACCGUGGUGAAGGGCAUCCGGCUUUCGGAAAAUGUGAUUGAUCGUAUGAAGGAAACAUCUCCAUCAGGCUCGAAGUCUCACCGAUAUUCUGGUGCUUAUGGUGCCUCAGUUUCUGAUGAAGAACUGAAGAGAAGAGUAGCCGAGGAGCUGGCUCUGGAGCAAGCCAAGAAAGAGUCUGAAAACCAGAAACGACUAAAGCAAAGCAAAGAACUGGACCGGGAGAGGGCUCUUGCCAAUGAGCAGUUAACCAGAGCUAUUCUCCGAGAGAGGAUAUCGAGUGAGCAGGACCGCACGAAGGCAAAGCACCUGGACAUUGAAGUCAAAGCGAGGAUGCUGGAAGAGAAAGAUCGAGUGAUCAAGAGGCAGGAUGCAUUCUACAAAGAGCAGCUGGCUAGACUGGAGGAGAGGAGCUCAGAGUUCUACAAAGUCACCACUGAACAAUAUCAGAAAGCUGCUGAGGAGGUGGAAGCAAAGUUCAACUGGAUAAGCCUAUUCCUAAUGUGUUGCCUCUCCCUGCUUCCAACCAGGCGGUAUGAGGUUCACCCGGUCUGUGCGGAUCUGCAGGCCAAGAUUCUCCAGUGCUACCGCCAGAACACCCAGCAGACCCUCCGCUGCUCUGCGCUGGCCAGCCAGUACAUGCGCUGUGUCAAUCAGGCCAAACAGAGCAUGAUUGAGAAGGGAGGAUAAAAGCCACUUUCAGAACAAGCAAAACUCAGUCC